UGUUCAGCCCGCUUUUCACUGUUUGUUAGACGUCAUCACUGUAGACGAUGUGGACAAGUGAUCUGUCAGAGACAUAGCUCGAACCGACUACCUUUGUUUUCUACCAAUGGUCAAUUUGAAUGGAGUCGUGUAUGUGAUGGAUGUUUUCAGGAUUUAAUCAUUGUUCAACAGAAAUGA